AUGCUUUUAUUCUCAAUCAUUCACACCACAGCUCAUUACGUUAAUUUCUUCAACGUUGAAAAAUCACAAAUUCGACCUACCACCGCCAUCAAGAUUCACUACACCCAAGCUGGUGGCAUCACUGGUCAUGUCAUGCUUUUCUGUAUGCUCCUUAUGUACACCACUGCCCAUCACAAGAUUCGCCAGCAGUGCUUUGAGGCAUUUUGGUAUACCCAUCAUCUUGCUCUUAUCUUCAUCCUCGCCCUUUAUACACACGCUGUUGGGUGUUUCGUACGUGACACUGCUGAGCCAUUCUCCCCCUUCGAUGGUGACAUCUUCUGGAAGCAUUGCAUUGGAUAUCAAAGUUGGCGAUUUACCCUUUGGACCUUUGGCAUCUAUUUCUUUGAGCGUGUGUGGAGGGAAAUCCGGGCCAGAAAACAGACUGAAAUCACUAAAGUGGUUAAACACCCGUACGGUGCCAUGGAGCUUCAAUUCAAAAAGUCUUCAAUGAAGUACAAAUCCGGCCAAUAUCUUUUCCUCAACGUCCCAGCCAUCUCAAAGUACCAAUGGCACCCGUUCACGAUCACCUCGUGCCCAUCAGACCCAUACAUUUCAGUUCACAUUAGACAAGUUGGUGAUUUCACCAAGGCUCUUGGAGACAUGCUUGGCGCUGGAGCAGACGCAAAAGGAUUCGAAAAUUUAGAUCCUAUGGGGCAAUACGAAAUUGCCUGUCAGAACGGAGCUCAGAUGCCAACCCUUAGAAUCGACGGACCAUACGGUGCACCUGCAGAGGAUGUCUUUGAUAAUGAGAUUGCUGUUCUCAUCGGUACAGGUAUCGGUGUUACUCCUUGGGCAUCUAUCUUGAAGAGCAUCUGGCAUAAACGCAACGCGCCUGGGGGUUCUGACAUGCGCCUCCGUCGUGUUGAGUUUAUUUGGGUUUGUCGUGAUAUCUCUUCUUUUGAAUGGUUCCAAACACUUCUUUCCUCGCUCGAGAGACAAGGGGGGGCCAACUCCACCGACUUCUUGCGUAUCCACACAUAUCUCACCCAAAGACUUGAUGUCGACACCGCACAGAACAUUGUAUUGAACAGUGUUGGGAUGGAAGUCGACCCGUUGACCCAGCUUAGAACCGGUACUCAAUAUGGGCGUCCUGACUUCCCGAAGCUUUUCGCCACAAUGAGAGACGGGAUCAUGGAUCAAAGCUAUAUUGGAUUAGAAGGUACUCUGAAGACAAACGUUGGUGUCUAUUUCUGCGGACCUAGCGUAGCAGCAAGAGAUAUUAGGAAGGCAUGUAAUGCGGCGUCGACGCCGGAUGUUAAUUUUGGUUUCUGGAAGGAACAUUUCUAA